GCGAGAUAUAUAUGGACAGAUUUCGCGUUUUCGUUGACCUCGAUCUCUUUAUCCUUGACCGUGCGCGCAUUAGCCGGAGUCGAGCGAAUAACUAAAUCGUGUUUCGUUUCGUGAUUUUGUUUCUGCAGAGGGAAGAUUGAGACUGGAACGGUGAAGAGUCGGUGAAGAAACACGGUGUCGAAGAAUUUGGACAAGAUGAGGCCCGACGAGGUGAUACAAAACGAGAGAAGAACGACGGAGACGAUGUCCGAGACAUCGGAGGGCACCAUGACGACCAGCGUUUCCGGUAAAUCGGGCUUCGAAAGUCGCGAGGAAUUGUGCGACAUCGCGGCUGUGCUUGGCAUCGGUAAUCCGGACGACCUGCAGCAAGAAAGAUUUCGCGUUGAUCGCCGGAAAUUGGAACAGAUGCUUCUAGGUGAUAAUGACGGACCCAAGCCAGCGGACACGUUUUUUCAUAACGAGAAAAGCGUAGAGACGCGAAGGUAG